CAUGAAGCACUCUGGGAGGAGGAACCUGGGUCGUCACCGCCGGAAGGACGCCCUGCUGGCGGCUGAGGUGCCCUACUUCGACCCCACCUCCCCCACCCAUAUUAAGGCCCAGCUGGGCUCCAGCGCAUACCUGCCAUGCAAGAUAAAAAAUCUCGGGAAUAAGUCGGUGUCGUGGGUGAGGAACCGGGACGCACAUAUCCUGUCAGUGGACCGAUACACCUUCAUCACGGACGCCCGCUUCGCUGCGUGGCACGAGGCGGUGACCAACACGUGGACGCUUCAGGUGAAGUUUGUGGAGGAGAUGGACGCCGGCCGCUACGAGUGUCAAGUGUCCACGGAGCCUAAAAUGAGUCACUUCGUCCAGCUCACCGUCGUUACUCCGCGAGUCAGCAUUCCAGGAGGGUCUGAGCUUCAUGUACGGAGCGGUAGUACUGUAACAAUCAAGUGCGUCGUCAGCCACGCGCUACACCCUCCCAACUACGUCUUCUGGUACCACGAGGACGCGAGGGUACCAGAGAGCUCGUGGACAGGGGUGGAACAGACUCCCCUGACGCGCGUGACAGAAGAAGCGAGCGUGGCGGCCCUCACUAUCGCCUCCGUCACCCACGCUCACGCUGGUAACUACACUUGCGCCCCCGCGGCCCUCAAGUCCGUCUCCGUCACUCUCCAUGUCCUCAAUGGUGAGCGUCCAGCAGCCAUGCAGCACGGGUCCAACCCAGCGUGGUCACCAAGCCCUCACCUCUAUCAUGUUAUCUGCGCCUUCGUCGCCUCCCACCUCGCCUCCUUCAGGCUCCUUCUCCUGCCGAGCCUCUGUUAUACUCUGCACCGGUGAUGGCAACAUUCGGUGUUGCUGUCUUUGUAAAGCCUAAUUUGCUUCUGUAUUUUGUAUUCAAUGGUGCAACGAUUUUUUUUUGUAAUCUUGUAUUAUACACUGUAUGGACAGAUUAUUUCUUUCUUCCUCUUACCGAUACGUGGGUCAGGUGGUGGAGAAAAAAAUAGCCCUCUCACUUAGAAAGUAUAUUUUACGUGAUGUUUGUAUAUAUUGUAUCGAAUACUUCCAAAAUUAAUACGAAGCCAACAAAGUAUGUCGUAUGGCUACGAAGGAACUUUGGUAAUCAAUGUAUAUAAUGUCAUAAUAAUAUUCAAGGUCCGCUGUUUUGUCAAGCUUGUAUGUUAUAAUAUCCUGCGAUCAUAACUAAGCUGAGGACCACGUGCUGCUAAACGCACGGGGUCGGCAGCUUCCGAAAGUACGCUUGUGUCAAAUCCUGUUCUUAACAUACACACAAAUUCUUCCCUAGAGGAGAACAAACAUAUAUAUUUCCAACAUGCUCGCAAUUCGCCAAGAAUACGAAAAGAACAAUUCCUAUGAUACACCAUGUGUAACAUUCUAUGAGAUUUUCAGUGAGAAUAACAGCAUUCAUUCAAGAAUAUAGAAGGUGAUAUAUCACUAUUGUGAAUUAAAAAAGUAUACAUUAUUGGUUAUUUUUCAGUGUAAUCACGUUAAAUUUUAAUUCUAAUAUGGCGUAUGUGAAUGUUCCACACCAGUAUUUUUUUUUUUUUAGUUUUUUCGAAGAAUACAUUAAUCGAUAUAGGACUCAGGGAGAGCAUACUACCAGAUUUCCAUAAUGAGAGACCUAAACCACAUUUGUUGGCAUAUCUAAAUAGCCACAAUUAACAAAUAAGAUGUUGAUAUGUAUAUAUAUAAGUGUGAAACAUACCGAAAAAAACAUUAUUCAUAUUACAUAUAUAUACCAUUCUUGUUUCGCUUCCAUACCAUCCCAAGGGUCGUAAUGUUCAGAUGGUCACUAAUUAUAUGUGUUUGACAUACGCCUUUACCAGCAAAGUAUCUGAUAGAAUGCAUGGCAACAUACGUGGCAAAUAUUUGUCGUUUGAUACAUUCAUCUGAGUUAUGAAACUGGGAUAAUUGUUCGUCUGGAUAAUUGGGUAGAUACCUGUGGCAUGAGCAGCAGUUUGUAGUCUAAUGCGAGUGGUUAAUCAGGAAUGUUUCAGAUAGAUGUUCUAUGUUGGAUUCUUGGAAGACAGCAUUUGCGCUAAAUGGGAUAUGUGGUAUAUAGCAGGCAUCCUACGUGGACAAUAUGAACGAUAAUAGAUUGCGUAUAACUGCAAUACGCAAUAAAAUUGCGUAUAACAGGUACCCUAAUUGAGACAGGGAAAUGAAAACAGAUAUGUGUUUUCUUUACCCUUUAAGUAUGUGCUGUAUUGUAUAUGUGGUAUAUAUGGAAAAUUACAGAUACCAUAUAUAUGGUAAAUUGAAGCUAACCUGUAUCUUCUACAGGAUAUGUUACAGUAAAUAGCUGAUUUUUUAGUUAACCACUAUAAGUUAGCAUGAGUACAUAACAUAACGAAAAUGUUUUUAUUAUAUAUACAAAAUUGUUCGAUUUUUAAUUGUUCAACUGUUUUAAUUCAGUUGAGAAGAAAAAAAAGUAUUUUUUUUUGUCAAAAAUCAAUAUGAUCAUAUGUCAACUCAAUUUAUAAAUAUUUACCAUAAUGAUGUUAUCGUCUUUUGAUAAUAAUGUAUGAUAAAAUAUGAUUUUUUAUAUCUUUUGUGUUUCUGGGAAUUAUCUGAAUUACGAGAAACUGUUUAAUUCUAAAGAAAAGACCUAGAAUUAAGCCAUGAAAGAUAUGUUAAAGUCUUGCCUAUAUAUUGUUAUCGUGAGAGGCUGAAAGUUCUGAAGUUGGCAUUCAAUCACGAUUUUUCUCAAUAUUUAUUCUGUUUUAAUUCAUUUGAGAAGGGAACAACAAAAUUUAUGUCUCCAAAAGCUCAAUUAUUAAUUUUAUUGCACUUAAGUAGUGACGCAAAGGGAUGUGUUUCGUUAACUAAAGAACAUUUUUGGAAAAAAGGGAGAGCAAUUCACUUUUUGCAAUGACGCAAUGAACACUUUUCGCAUCAACCAAUUUACAUCUUGUAACCAUUAAACACAUAAUAAAGCAAGAACAACAAAAAAAAAAAUACAAAAGGACGGGGGUGGUAGGAGAAAAGCACACAGAAACUGUAUCAGAGGGGACCUAAAUAUU